AGCUGGCCUUACGCUACCUUCUCCGCUGCGUCCUCCUCGCGCAUAGAAUGGAUGUUAUCUUCCUGGUCGCAUGUUGUGUCUGCUUAGUGGCCGGACGCCCGCAAUACGCCUACCCUGCCGCCACGCCCGUGCCCAUCCUGGUGGACGAAAGGAUACCCAUCGACCUGCAAGGAGGAUACGGGUUCAGGAUCCAAACCGGAAACGGCAUCGCGUGGCAAGAGACAGGAGCGGCGACCUCUAAGAGCGGCCAAUACACGUUCACGCACCCCGACGGCACCCCGCACGCCCUCUCGUACACCGCGGGCGUGGGCGGCUUCCUUCCGGUGUCCGACCUCCUCCCGACGCCCCAUCCUCUCGAACCUUGGCAUAUCGAACAGAUCCGAUUCGCUGAGAGCCAAAGAGCGGCUGCGGCUUCGGCUUCAGCGGCGACGGUUGCUUAGAUUAAGAAAAGAGAUUCUUAUUUUCGUGUUAUGUUGUUAAUAUUUAGCUGUUUUCUUUUUACCGGUUUUAUAUGAAUAAAAUAAUUACCUGAU